CCGGAGGUGGUGGUUGAAGGCCUGGCUACUAUGGCUGGGAUGAAACACACGAAUUGGGUGGGUGAAUUGCCCUCUCCGAAUCUACCAGAGUUGGCCAGUAGCCAGGUUUGUCGGGCUAAAGCUCAUCUCCAGCUAAACUCUUGUCACAUGAUCGACACGUUUCCAUGCAAGCAGCUCACAAGUGGAGCACAGUCACCGGCACAAGUGUCACCUCCUGCCCUCCACCGUCUUCCCUCGUAGUCUCCUUCAUAGUCGACCGCCCUUAUUCUCGUAUAUAUUGUGCUCACUCCACCUGGUGAUUCAACCCAGUGAUCGAGUACACACCGCGGUGCAAUUCGGAAGUUUGCGAUAAUCGGGAAAUACAGACAAAUUCGUGAAGCCAGCAAGCUCAAGUCCAAACUUGGUAGAGUGAGUGAGUGAGUUUGCUCGUCGUGUGUAGUGAAGAUGGCACACUCGAAGAGUCAGAGGAACAAGGUGGGAGCUCAGGACCCGGGCCAGGGGUUCGAGGAGAUCGACGAGAGGGCCCAGAACACGACCGAGAGAGCUGGUGAGGCGGUGAGCGAGGGCAAGGAGAAGGCCGGAGAGGGCGCCGACAAAGCAGCCAAAGCUGCGAAGAGCGGAGGCCGGAAUGUUGCCGACGGGGCCAAGAACGCCACUGACAAGGCCGGCGACGCUGCGAACUCCGCCGGGAAGAACUUGAAGGGUGCUGCCAGCCAGGCUGCGGAAGGCUUGGGUGACGCUGCCAACAAGGCAGGGGAGAAGGCUAAGGACGUCGCCGGCAACGUUCAGGACGCCGCGAAGAAGGCCGGCGACAAGGUCAAGGACGGCGCCGGGCAAGCGAAGGAGGCCGCGGAAGACACUGCCGAGAAGACCCGAGAUGGGGCGCAAAGGGCCGCCGAUCGGACCUCAUCAGCUGCUAAGGACGCCAAGGACUCCGUCCAGGAUUCGGCCGAGGACACAGCCAACAAGGCCAAGAAGGGAGCCAAGGACGCCAAGAAUGCAACGGAAGACACUGCCAACAAGGCCACCGAUCGGACCUCGUCCGCUGCGAAGAAUGCUAAGAAUGCCACGGAAGACACCGCCAACAAGGCCGCCGAUCGGACCUCGUCCGCUGCCAAGGAUGCCAAGAAUGCCACGGAAGACACCGCCAACAAGGCUGCCGAUCGGACCUCGUCCGCUGCCAAGGAUGCCAAGAAUGCCACGGAAGACACCGCCAACAAGGCCGCCGAUCGGACCUCGUCCGGGGCUAAGGACUUGAAGGACUCAGCCAAGGAUGGCGCCAAGUCAGCAGCUGACAAGACCUCCUCGACCGCCAAGAGUGCGAAGAAUUCCGCUGAAGACAGUGCAAACAAGGCAGCUGAUCGUACCUCGUCAGCAGCCAAGGAUGCCAAGGACAAGGCCGGAAAGGCAGGAGACAAGGCAAAGGACGCUGCGGGUGAGACUGAGAAGAAUGCGAAGAAGAUGCAUUCAGCUGCCAAGGAUGAGGCGGACUCGCACUUGAAGAAGGGUAACGAGUCUUUGAAAGACGACCUGAAGGUUGUCAAGUCAGAGGCCAACAAGGAUUUUGACACAGACAGUCAGGAACACAGUGUUGGUAGCCUUGACGAUCAGAUCGAGAAGAUCAGAGGUGCUACCAACACUGCAGGUAACGAUGAUUCGAAGGUAUCUGGACGUGAUUUUGACUCCAAAUCUGCGCGUGGAGAUGACAAAGCUGAGACAGGGUUUGGUGUAGCUGGAAAAGACGCAGACCUUCAUGUUAAUCUUGAUAGCAGCAAAAGUGGACAAUCAGAAUUCCCUGAGGAAUAUGGUGCCGCAGAUGAUGAGUUCGUGACCAGGACAUCUUACAAGGAAACCGAGGAUAAAUCUGAGGAUAAAACCGAUGAUUCUGACCCAGGUACUUUGGUAGCUCUGAAGAACAUGAUUGCUGGUAUUUAAUCAAACCGGCUGGAGGAAUCGCAGGUGAAUCUGCGUCUGCAGUAAUGUAACUGGGUUUAGAGUAGUUUGUACAUGAUUUUCGUCUGUACAUCGGCUGUACACUAGAGCAUGCCACAUUCGCAGCUCAAAAUGUACAUCAUACAGCUCAAUGAGCUUUGUAAGUUGUAUACUCCCAUGUGAAGUAAUCAAAACAUUUCAAUUCUUGAUAUGAAAAA